AUGCCGGCGGCCCUCGCCCCGGGCGACGACCUGCUGUCCAUCUCGGGCGCGUCCUUCGGCGCGACGCCCAUGGGCCGGAGCGCGUCCAUGCCCGGCAUGCUCACGUCGAAGAACGUGAACCCGAGCAUCUUGUGCGGGCCGUCGAAGACGAUGAUCACGACGACGACGCCGCCGCGGCAGGAGAAGCACGAGUUCUCCGCGUCGCUCGCGCAUUUAGGCCAGGGCGGGCCCCGGGGCCAGAGCGCCGGCGCCGUCUUCCUGCCGGACGCGAACAUGACCGCCGAGGAGGCGCUUCUACAUUUGCGGCGCAAGAUCUCCAUGCAGAUGACCGGCGGGUCGCACGGCCUGAUGCGGUGCUGGGUGCUCUUCCGCACGCGCGCGGGCUCGUCCAAGGACGGCAUCACCUUCCCCGAGUUCUGCCGGGGCCUGCGGUGCUACGGCCUGCCUCUCCCGGAGGCCAUCUCGCGGGACCUGUUCAACCGCAUGGACGCGAACGGCGACGGCACGAUCCACAUCAAGGAGUUCAUCGACCACGUCAUGGGCCGCUGGAGCCCCGUGGCGAACACGCACUACGGCUCCAAGACCGAGGAGGAGAUCCAGGGCUCGGCUUAUGUGUCGGGCAAGCAGAAGGCCAAGGCCAUGGUCGUCGACGAGCCCGACGACGCGCUGACGUCCGCGGCCGCUUUAACGCAGCUCCGCCGCGCGAUCGUCCAGCGCCUCAAGAGCGGGCCCAACGGCCUGCUCCGGUGCUGGAUCGAGUUCCGCCAGCGCGCCGGGUCGACGAAGGACGGCAUCACCUACCCCGAGUUCCUACGGGGACUGCGCGCGUACGGCAUCCCGCUCCGCGCGGGUCUGGCGAAGACGCUCCACGGGCAGAUGGACAGCAACGGCGACGGCCACAUCCACAUCACGGAGUUCGUGGACAAGGUCAUGGGCCGCUGGGCGUCGGACACGAACACGCACUUCGGGGGCAAGAAGGAGGACGAGAUCGCGGGCAGCGGCCUCGAGGGCAAGAAGCGCGCCGAGGCGAUGGUCAUCGAGAAGCUCGACGAGGACCUGACCAUCGACCGGGCGUUAUUGCUGCUCCGCAAGUCGAUCACGCAGCGGCUCAAGUCCGGGCCCAACGGCCUCAUGCGGUGCUGGAUCGAGUUCCGGCUCCGCGCGGGGUCGACGAAGGAGGGCAUCACGCUGCCCGAGUUCGCGCACGGGCUGCGCUGCUACGGCAUCCCCCUCACGAAGGAGCGCACGAAGCAGUUCUUCGACCAGAUGGACGUGACGAACGACGGCCACAUCCACAUCAAGGAGUUCAUCGACGUCGUCAUGGGCCGGUGGUCCGUUUCCGCGAACUCGGGAGGGUUGGAGGCGGAGCCGCGGAGCGACCCGCCGACGUCGCCGCUGACGGGCGGCGCCCACAAGCCCCUGCCCCACGAGGGCAUGCGCCGCGCGCGGAACGCGGAGCUCCGCGAUUUAGGCAAGACCAUGGACCUCAGCGGCGACGCCGCGCUCCAGCUCCUCCGCGCGAAGAUCGCGCAGCGCCUCGCGGGCGGCUCCCACGGCCUCCAGCGCGCCUGGAAGACGUUCCGCUACGCCGGCGGCGGCACGCACGCCGGCGUGUCCAAGGACGGCCUGCGGCGCGCGCUCAAGCACUUCGGGCUGCCGCUCGACGCGACGGUCUCCGACGAGCUCUUCGCGAAGAUGAACAUCGACGGCGACGACCUCAUCCACGAGCCGGCCUUCAUCUCCAUCGUCAUGGGCCGCGCGAACCUGCCGCCGUCGCCCAAGUUGAGGGGGGGGACGGUCUGCCUCCAGAUGGGCGGCUACGGCGCGGAAAGGCCGACGACGGCGCCCGUCGACGUCGGCGCGCUCGCGCUGCAGGCCAAGCUCGAGGCCAUGCGCGUGCCCGAGGAGCGCGCCUUCGCCGGCCCGCCGCCGGGCCUCGCGCCCGCCGCCGUGGCCCGGCCGAGCACCGUCGCUUCCCCUUCGCCCCUCCCCGUCGCGCCGCCUUCUUUCCGCGAGCCGCCGCCGGAGGUCGAGCCGCUGCUGAGCCUGCCCGUCGUCUCCCACAAACUCGGCGACGUGCCGGACCCGCUCCCCCUGCUCCAGGCGCCGCGGUCCGGUGCGAAGCUGCGGCCCCACACCGCGACCGCGCUCGCGCGCCUCAAGAUGGGGCCCGUGCGGUCGCGGAAGGACCUCCGCGCCGCGCUCCGCCAGAGGCACGCGUCGAACCGCAUCCGCCAGCAGCAGCAGGACGAGCUCAGCGCCGUCUCCAAGUUCUGCCUCUGA